UUAAAUGAGUUUUAGGCAUCUAUUGUCAGUUUAGAGAAGUGGAUGUCUGGUUUACCAUGAAGGAGUUUGAAAUAAAAUCUUCUAAAAGAAAAUCCAAAAGUUGUUUACCUCAAUGGAAAAUAAUCAAUCCAUACAUCAGUAGCACUUUCGUUGAUCUAGAAGAUGAAUUCAACUUCCUACAUUCUUCUCUUUUUCCAAAAUUAAACGAAUGGUGCAGCAGGAGAGGAUGCUCUUUUGCACCCGAGGAUUCACGUAGAACAUCUGUUCAUUUCCGGACAUCCUCAGAUUAUAUUCUGAAGACGGCACUGGAAGAUGUCGUCAGAUCAAAGCCCUUCUUCAUCUCCAUCAUUGGUAGCUGCUACGGGCAACACCGACAACCUGAUGGUGAAUUGUUAUCGAUGACAAGCAAACAGAUUGCAAAUCAAACCAUGAUGGACCGGAAUAUACAAACUGCAUUACAACGUGGGCAUACAUGGCUAAUGAAUUCUUCAUAUCAAUACUGCAGCAUUAUGGAGCUUGAGAUAACAUUAGCUGCAUUUUUGGAAAGUAUACCACAUUGUUUCUUCUACAUUAAAGAUUGUUACAAAAUCAUGUUGAACAAUGAAGAGGUCUCUGAUGAAGCAAUGCUGUUUGAACCUGAGAGCAUUUAUGCACAAGAUCAAUUGAACAACCUAAAAAGAAGAAUUGUAAAUAAAGGAUUGCCAGUCAAAUAUUUUAAAACAAAGGAAGAAUUAUACGACCUAAUUUACCAUGAUUGGACAGGAGUUAUUUCACAACUUUGCCCAGUGAUGCAUCCGUCAGUAAUGGAUGAUGAAUUAAGUGUCCAAAUAUGGUCAGAUCAAAUUUUUGUUUCUCGUCUUCAAGAAAAAUACCAUAAAUACAAAGAAAUCAGUGAUAUUGAAACAAUGCUUAAUUGUCAUGCCACAACGACAAACUCAACUAUCGCCAAACAUCGUUUACUUGAUAAAGUGACCAAUGAAGGACGUGAUGUUGAAUACAACAUCCAACAUCAAAGUGGUGACGGAUUAUUUUCAUCCUCAUCAUCAUUUGUUCAAUCUUUGAGGUCACCUGAUGCUGGACCACAAAGUGAACCCAGGAUAUUGACUUUGGUUGGUGAUCCUGGGAGCGGCAAGACAACUUUGCUUGCCAAUUGGCUGCACAGGUUUCAAAAGGAGAACCCAAAUACAUUGGUGCUGUCAACUUUUAUUGGAUCUUCAAAUUUAAGUUAUGAUGUGUCAGCAUUCAUGCGAAGAUGCAUCAAAACAUUAAGGGAAGCAACAUGGAAAACUAAAUGUACUUCCAGUGAAAUGUUGGAAGAUGUUGAUACUUACAAAGGACUUGUUGAAACAUUUCAAUCCUCAUUGAGUCUUCAUCCAUGUGUGGUUGUGAUUGACAGUGUGAAUGAUAUUAAGUAUGGGAUGCAUGAGGAUAUUGGACAGGUAAAAGGGCUGGGUUGGCUUCCGGUGGUAAUUCCCCUGACAUGUCACAUAAUUAUAUCCACACGGAGGUCAGACUUAACGUAUAAAGCCAUUCAACAACGUGGUGAUGUAACAAUUGUAAAGAUGCCAUCCAUAGAUUUACAAACCCGAGAAAAUAUUUUACAAACUUACUUUGAAGAUAAUGUUGUUAACAUACUUGGUCGAGAUCAUUUAUCAAAAGUUUGGGCAAAUCGGUUGAGUGAACGACCUUUGUAUCUUGCAACAUUAUCACACCUUAUAAUGUCUUGUCGAGACAGCCAUGAUAUUAAUCAAGUUAUCGAAAAGUGCACCACAUUCCGUAUAUUCAGAGACUUCUGGAAAUCUGUGUUUUUGUUGUGGAGUCGUCGUUAUAGUUGGGGAAAGCAGUCAUCUGGGCAACCUGGAUCGAUCCGACAUCGAAGUAAUGCAUCAGGAUGGGUGGCUGAUGCGUUAAAAUUCAUUGCAACCUCGAGAACAGGUCUUCUUCUUAAGGAAAUCCUGCAUAUUUUGCUGUUGGUAGGAUACAAAGGAAGGACCGCAGUUUCACCUCAUGAUUGGAGGAUGUUUAGGGAAGCAGCCGGGAGUGCUCUUUGUACAAAUAAAGAUGGUUUGAUAACAAUAGCUCAUGAUGAUGUCACACUUGCACUUAAUCAUUGUUUGCUUGAUGUUGGUUGUUAUUCUUCAAGUUCAAUAGAUCUUCUCCAACACCAACAUUCACUUCUUGCCUCUUAUUUUAUCAACCACGGCUCCAUGAAGAGAAAGUUAAUUGAACUACCAUGGCAUCUACAUCAAUGUAAAGAUUGGGUAUUACUUUGUCAAGUUCUCUGCAAACCAAGGUUUUUCAUCUCUAUGUGCGAAGAAUCAAAGUUCCAUCCAUCCUUACACAAUGACCACAAGAUGUAUUGGAACUCACUGAACAAACAUGACUUCAAUAUUGUGCAUUGUUUGAAGUCCAUGGUUAGAAACCAAUCAAACAGUGAGGAUACCAACCAAGCAACGGAACAAACAGUGUCGAAACCAACUUUAAAAAUUCCGUCUUUGAUCAUUGUGACUCAACACGAUGACUCUCCCAUGUCACACAAUCGGAGCACGGAAAGUCGUUCGGGCACAGAAGAUAGAGAACUUAGUGAAACUGAAAGUUGUUCGUUCUUCCUGACGGAAACUGAUUCUGAUGUUUUAAUCGGAGGUUGGUCACCUGCAGAAGAUGAUCCCAAAGUAACAAUUGACUCUUCCGUCCUUACCCAAAAUGAAUUAACAUCUCUUUACCACAAGAUGGGGUGGUUGCUUUUCCACAUGAAUAACAGGAGUGAAGGAAUUGUCAUGUUGCAAAAAUGCAGACAACAUAUUGAUGCUAACCGACCACUUUCAUCAGUUGAAAAUCUCAUUCUGUUUGAAUCUAUUUGUUUACAAUGUAUGCACACAACGGAUGUUUCAAUAGCAGAUCUGCAACUUGCAAUUAAUGUUUAUGAUAAUCUAUCUUUACACACAAUGGAUCUUUCUUAUUUAAAACUUAGAGAGUUAUCCGAGACUAAAGGAUAUAUUUGUCUUCAUCUUGCCAUAAGGUUAAUGAUUAACAAGAGAGAGGAAGAAGCUCAUGGUGUGUUUAUGGUUGCAUACAAUAUAAUGAAGGAAUGUGGAAGCAUAAGUGGUCAUGCACAGGCAAAUGCUGUGUUUGGCAAUAUUCUAUCUACACAAGGGAUGAUGGAUCAGGCUGAAGUUCUGUUAAAAAAAUCUUUACAAACUUAUUUAUACUGGCAUGGAAGCAAACACCUUAAAGUUGCAAACUUGUUAAGAGAUUUGGGUGAAUUAUACAGUAGUAAAAACAUGGGGGUUCCACAAAGGAAAGCUAUGACCACAUACAGACAAGCGUUGGACAUUAUGCAACAUAUUGGAAGAAAUACUGAAACUCCUCAACUGUUAAGCAAAAUUGGUAAGUUACUAUUUGAUGAAGGGACUUUAAGAAGCAAGGAAGAAGCUCUUUCAUGUUUUGAACAGUCGUUUGAUGCCAUGGUUACUGAAAACAACCCUAGUGAAAAAAUUUUACGCAAAUCUUCUAGAAACAUUAAACAAGUUUUAAAUGAUUUGCGUUCUGGCCAUUUUGCCUUUGGCUGUGCUGCAACACCAGAUCAACGCAGCACAGAGCGUCCAUUCAGUGCUAUGUCAUGGCACAACAAUGAGCUGGACAAGAAGCUUCAAUCAUCAACAACAUCUACAUAUGAUAGAAGUAGUAGAUGCAGUAUGAGAGGAUCUAUCACAUCCACCCGACCGUACAGCUCAUACAGUGCACGUUCCUUUGCAAACCACGUUGUCCUUACUCCUAAGAUUACACCACGUCAGAUUCGAUCAUCUGGAGUUGAUGGGCAGUGUACUAUACCUUUUCGUUCACUGCAUAGAACAGGGAAAACGAAUGUAUCUACAUAUCAAGUCAUUUCAUCUGGUGGUGUUGAACCUGUCGUAAUUGUUCCUGGUAGAAGAUAUGGGGGUAAUGGCAGACAGAUGAAUGUUGAUAUGAAGAUCAAAAGUCCAAGAACUUAUACAGGUCAAACCAGGAAAUUAGAUCAGAAUUGUCAUCAAACAUUUGGAUUUGAUAAACUUUGUUUGAACGUUCAUGGUUCACAUUGUUUGAUAUCAGACCUUCUCUCACCUCAUUUAUCAUCAAGAAGCAACAAACCAUUGAAUGAUCAACAUAAGUCAGCUUGGUUUAAUGUACCUGGUAGAUACAAGAUACCUGGGAAGGUUAUUCCAUCAAAGCGCAAUCAGAAACGCACUGAUGCUAAAACUCUUUCAACUACAAGGUCCACAUCAUACAUGUGAUCUAAAAAUAAACUUUUGUACGACAUAAGAGUUUGUAAUGUUUAUUGCGGAACAACAAGCACUUAAAAUACCUUUUACAAUAUAUUUAUAUUUGGGAUUACUUUUCACUGUGUCUGAUAUUGCUCUUUUUUGUUUUUGAAUUUGUAACUUAACAUAUUGAUUACGUUGUAAAAUCUCUAAUUAAAAACGUAAUUAUCAAAUUCAUGUUUGGCACAUACUACCCUGAAUUGUAGAUAACAGUUACUUAAUAUAUGUGCACACUGCGUUCCAGUUUAUGAUUGUUUGUAGUUUAUUUUUACAAUAAAAUAUUUUAACAAAGAA